AUGGCACGUACAAAGAGGUUCACAAAAAGGACCAACUCGACAACCUCCAAUGGUAAUCAACUCACAAGCAAUGAACAAGAACAGAGCUUAAACUCUCUAGUACCGACUCAAGAAUUGAAUAGUCAGCCACGUGAUUUGAUGGUCCACCAACAAGUUCCUCAUGCUCAAUCUGCACCACAACCUGCUACAUCUUCAACUGCUCAACCUACAUCACAACCUCCUCAAUCUGAUCCACUUGGUGGUCAAUCUCAGCCUUCCAAUCAAAUACCACGAAACCCUUCCCAAAGGACAUGCAAUAAGUAUUGGGUUGUUGAUGUGUUAGUUUUUUAUCUUCUUCUUGCAUUAAACAACAACAUAAUAGCUGAUAAUGGAGUGGCUGAUCAAGAGAGAUUACGUGUGCGAGAUCUUUUGGUUCUUCCUCCUCAUAAGAGAGUAGUUAUCGAAUGGAAUGAAGAUAAUCAACCUGUUGGGGAGGCUGCUGGCCUAUUGGGUGGAUUUUUGGGACACAUUGCGUGUAACCCAAACAUAUUCCCUAUAAGUUAUGCAAGGUGGCCUGACGUACCUAAAAUCUACAAGGAAGAUGUUUGGGUCAACACUAUUAAGAGGAGAUUCGUUAUGGAUAAUGAUGACCACUACCAUUAUUGUACGGGCAACAUGGGUAAGAAGUGGAAAGACAAUAGGUGGAGACUAGCCAAUGAGAUAUAUGAGAAAGACAAAUCUUUUCAGGAAAACCUUGAUCUUUACCCUGAUGGCAUGACAAGAGAACAAUGGGCAAGCUUUUUGACAUAUAAAACAAGUGAGAAAGCAAAGAAGUAUAGUAUCAUCAAUACUGCAAAUAGACAGAAACAAACAAUCCCACAUACACUCGGCGCAAAGACGUUAGCAAGGAGGAAAAGGGAGCUGGAAAUAGAAGAAGGACACAAAUAUAGCAGAGGUGAGAUGUAUGCUGUUUCUCACAAGAAAAAAGAUGGCAAUUUUGUGAAUGACGAAGCUAUGCUAAAAAAUGACCAAUUACUUCAACAGUUGGAACAAGCCAAUACUGAACAUGAGGCUUUUGUAAAUGUCUUUGGGAAGGAACACCCAGGUCGGGUUAGAGGCAUGGGUUUUGGAGUGGUCCCAAGUCAAAUCCGUAGAACAUCUACCAGUUCAGCAUCAACUUCUUCUACUGGUCCUACACAAGCUGAGUAUGAUGCCUUGAAAGGAGAAUUGGAUACUAUAAAGGGCAAGAUGCUAGAGUUGGAUACAUUAAAAGCGCAAAUGGCACUUUUUAUGCAUAAUUUUGGUGGUCACUUACCAUCUAAUCAGAGAGAUACCACACUGGUUGCUGGUACUAUUAUACUCAACAUAUUGGAAUAUUACUGUGUUGUUGACUUGGGCUCUCCUGGAAUCAGAAAGUCCUCCCAUGCUAGUCAUGACCCUUCUGAUGGACCAACAACAUCAAAUCCAGCACCCCCACCACCAUAA